AUGACACCAUACACGAUCUCGAUUCGUAACCAGUCAGGAGCUCAGAGCUCGUACGCUGUCUUCUCCGAGAUUCCACACAUCAAAUCUGGCAUCGCAGACGUCAAGGUCACGACACGCAUCAUGCUGAGCGUCCGCGGCGUUGCCUCAGGAUCAGGACAAGCAUCUUUCGUUCUGUCCAAGCAGUUGUACGCCACCUGUGGUACUUAUGAUGUGGACUGGGAUUCGACCAACGCGGACAACAACGUUGGCACCGUUGGUACAGGCACCGAGGUCGUCGAUAUACGACCCGUCGUACUGGGACGCAUCGACACGGCCUCGGGAGGCAAACUAGUGCCCGGCACCAGCCUCGAAAUCGACGGCAGCGGCGGUUCACCGUCUUUUACCCCAAUGCUGCCAGAUGUACAGGAUGGUGAGGUUGGUAGUUUUGCCAUUCGGACCAAGAGCCAUUUCACAUUCCAACAGGCCAAGCUCAACAAAUACGUCGUAGGGUUCAGUUCUUCCGCCCGCCAGACAGUUGGGCCGUAUGCGACCUUCGUGCCAGCACCCAACUCAUCCUAUCAGAUCAAGCCAAGCACAGUCUUCUACGUUACCAUUGGGGAGCACAACGUAAGAGAUCUUGUCCUGGAUGAUCUAAGAAGUGCCCCAAGCACCUGUCGCAUCGAUUUUAGUAAUCCCGAGACUGAUGAUAUCCAGCUGGUGCAUAGCGAGUUUGGGGUGCUUAACAAAAUUACUGCGGCUGUCGAUUAG